AUGACCAAUAUCAGAAAGCAUAAAAUUUCAAGACACUUAAAAGAGUCAGAAAUACCUUGGUUUUACUGUACGGACUGUACCUACAGAACUAAGCAAAAAAGCAACCUAAAGCGACACUCACAUUAUCAGCAUUUAGACAUACAAGAUAUUAAAUGGUUUAAAUGUCAAAAGUGUCCAUACAAAGUUCGACAAAAUUUUGCUUUGAAACAACACAUAAACCGGAAUCAUUUGAACGAACAAGAUAUUAAAUGGUACAACUGUAAAAAGUGUUUGCACAAAACUAAGGAUUAUUAUAAUUACAAGAAACACAUGAAGACGUUCCACGUAGACGCUGCUAAAUGGCAUGAGUGCAGCAAAUGUUCAUACCGAACUAACUACAAAUAUUCGUUAAACCAACACGUCAUUGUUCACCACCUAGAUGACGAGAAUGUUAAAUGGCACCAGUGCCAACAUUGUCCGUACAAAACUAGACAAAACUCCAACCUAAAAAGACACACGAAUACCCACCACUUAGACGACGCUAGUGUUAAAUGGUACGAAUGCGACCAGUGUUCAUACAAAGCUAAAUUAAAUUCGAAUUUAAAACGACACUUUGUUGUCCAUCAUUUGAAGGAACAGGAGAUCAAGUGGCACAAAUGCGGUGAGUGUUUACUGAAAACUAGACAUCUGUCGGUUUUGAAAGACCACAUCAAUGGGUGCCAUUUGAGUGAUUCGGAUGUUAAAUGGUACAAAUGCAAACAUUGUUCGUUCAAAGCUAAGUAUAAGUCGUCUGUAAAUAGACACGUAAAUUCGCACCAUUUGGAAGUGGCUAAUAUUAAGUGGUAUCAGUGUGAUAAGUGCCCGUAUAAAUCUAAGCAAAAUGACACGUUAAGACGCCACGUCGUUGCGCACCAUAUGGAUGAAAAAGAGAUUAAGUGGUAUGAAUGUAAACAGUGCCCCUACAAGACUAAACGAAGAGCGUAUUUAAAACAUCACGUUUGGGUGCGUCAUGAGCUUGAAUGGGUACAACAAAUGUCCACAGACGCCUAA